AUGUCAGAUUGCCAUUAUUAUUAGAAAUUUGGAAUUAACCAAUCUAUUUUUAAUAGUGAACCAUUAAAAUAGCUUACUCCCAUUUUAAAAGAUUCUCGUUCAGCUUCAGAUGAUAUAAUAAUUCGUAAGGAUAGUUAUGGGAAUGUAAUUAUGCGUGGAAAUAAGUAGCACAAAAUAUAGUUCAGAGAAUAAAAUGAAGUAUUUGUAGGUAUUUAAAUUUAAUUUAUAGAAUAGUUGACAAUUGGAAAUAAUACAAUACAGACAUGACUAAUAAAGAAUCUCCUUGUGUCUGUCAAAUAAUUUGA